AUGCAGGAACAAGCCGCGCGGUCGACUUUGGAAAAAGAAGCACGAUUGCGCGAAUUGGAAUUGCAUAAAGUUCAGCAGCGGAGCUCCCAAGUAGCUCAACAGGCUUUCAAAGAUCAUAUGGGUCUGGAAAACGAGCUGGAGGAUGAGGUAGCAAUGCACAAAGUGGCAGUAGUAGGUAGAAAUGCUGCCACACAACAGAACACGGCGCUGACAGUGGAACUCAAGACGAUGGAAGCAAACUGGACAAAUGAGCUGGAGGAAAAAGAGAAUGCACUUGAAAAACUGGAAUUGGCUGCUGAUGAAGUUCAUCGACUCAAGGCUGAACGAGAACAGAUUGUGCAACGCACAGAGAGCGAUGCGAAACGUGUGCGCGAGCUGUGGUGGCAAAUUGCACGAGAACAUGAAGUACGGGUUGAAGAACUCAAACAGGAGCUGCUAAAUGCUCAACAACUGCCAGCAGGCGCAAAGGUUACUGUAGCAGGAUAUCAAAAGAAGAUUGCUAAGCUGGAGGAAGAGCUACGGAUGACGUGGAAGGAGAAGAAUGCGUUCCAGGAACAGCUCUUGUCUGCAAGAGACCACUUUUUGUCGGCACAAAAGGAGUCCGACCGAAUGAAGGAGGACAGUUGGAGGAGUGAGCAGCAUCGGAUUACACUGGAGUUACAAGAACUGAAGAGUAUGUGCAAACUGCAUGCACAACAACAACAAGCAACUGUGAAGAAGCGAGACGCGGCGAUACAAACACUUCGCAAAACUGAGGAGGCAUUGAACGCAAGCACUGAAGAGCUGUUGGCCCUCAAAACCAAGUUUGCCAAUCUUCUGGAUAAACAUGAAGCACUGACGGCUCAGCUAAAGCAAACGGCUUAUGCACGCGAGGCAGAGCUCAUUUUGCGCGCCCAAAAGCUUUCCAAGGGUAAGCGCUACGCUGAAGAGUUAGCAAUGCUACGGAAAGCAGAAAUAUCAGGAUACAAGCGGGUAAUCGAUUCGGUGGACGCCCGUCUAACAGAGACGCAGGAGCUGAGCGAAUCUAGUCAACGAAAUGCCUGGUCGUUGCCACAGGACGCUCGCAAGGUAAAAUCAUCCUUGUGCAUUUAUCGCCAUUAA